CUGGGCCGAGAAAACAGAAAAACAGAAUCCAGGCGCUGCUUGAGGGCCGGGGCCGACAUUCGCGGCGUUUCUGGGAGGCCGAACCGCGGCAGCUGCUCCGAGGAGGAGCCGGGAGCGGAGCGGGCGAUCCUCGGUGCUGCCCCGGCUCCGAUCCCGGCCCGGCUCGGGCGGCCCGGGGCGGGGAUGCCGUGACCGAGACGCGGGCGGCGCGGAGCGGGAGCAUGCUCACUCCUGCAUCCCUUCCUGCAUCCCUUCCUGCAUCCCUUCCUGCAUCCAUCGCUGCAUCCAUCCCUGCAUCCGUUCUUGCAUCUAUUCCUGGAUCUAUUCCUGCAUCUACCCUUGCAUCCAUCGCUGCAACUGUCCUGUAUGCAUUCCUGGAUCCAUCACUGCAUCCAUUCCUGGAUCUAACCCUGAAUCUAUUCCCUGCAUCCAUCACUGCAUUCAUUCCUGCAUCUAUUCCUGGAUCCAUUCCUGCAUCCAUUCUUGGAUCUAUUCCCUGCAUCUAAUCCUGCAUCUAAUUCUGCAUCUCUUCCCUGCAUCCAUCCCUGCAUCCCUCCCCUCAUCCCUCCCUGCAUCCAUUCCUGGAUCUUUUCCUGCAUCCCUCCCUCAUCCCGCGGUCCCGCUCUGUCCCUGCGGGCCGGGGCUGGCCCAGGGCCCCGAGCAGAGCCCCGGCUCUCCCCGAAUUUGUCCCGGGGGCUUUGGAGGCAGGAGGAGCCGCGGGAGGAGGCAGCGAUCGCCCCGCAGCAGCCUCGGGGAAGGCCUCUCCCAGAAGAGACAGGGAUGGAGUCUCUGGGGAGCCCCACGGAGGACGAGACCACGUCCUCUCCCCCCAACACCCUGAACUUCAACGGGGCCCAUCGGAAGAGGAAGACCCUGGUGGCACCCGAGAUCAACAUUUCCCUGGACCAGAGCGAGGGCUCCAUCCUCUCUGACGAUUUCCUGGACACCCCAGACGACCUGGACAUCAACGUGGACGACAUUGAGACCCCUGACGAGACAGAUUCCCUCGAGUUCCUGGGCAACGGCAACGAGCUGGAAUGGGAAGAUGACACCCCGGUGGCCACGGCCAAGAACAUGCCAGGGGACAGCGCGGACCUGUUUGGGGACGGGGGCACCGAGGAUGGCAGUGCCACCAACGGGCGCCUCUGGAGAACCGUCAUCAUCGGCGAGCAGGAGCACAGGAUCGACCUGCAGAUGAUCAAACCCUACAUGAGGGUGGUGACGCACGGAGGAUACUACGGAGAAGGUCUGAACGCCAUCAUCGUCUUUGCUGCCUGCUACCUCCCCGACAGCAACCUGGCAGAUUAUCACUACAUCAUGGAGAACCUCUUCCUGUAUGUGAUCAGCAGCCUGGAGCUGCUGGUGGCUGAGGAUUACAUGAUCGUGUACCUGAACGGGGCCACGCCGCGCCGGAGGAUGCCAGGCCUGGGCUGGCUCAAGAAGUGCUACCAGAUGAUCGACAGAAGGCUGAGGAAGAACCUCAAGGCCCUGAUCAUCGUGCACCCCUCGUGGUUCAUCAGGACUGUCCUGGCCAUCUCCAGGCCCUUCAUCAGUGUGAAGUUCAUCAACAAGAUCCAGUACGUGCACAGCCUGGAGGAGCUGGAGCAGCUCAUCCCCAUGGAGCACGUGCAGAUCCCGGAGUGUGUCCUGCAAUAUGAAGAAGAGAGGAUCAAGGCCAGGAAAGAAAGGGCAGAGGAGAAACAAGACAUGGCUGAGAGGGAAAGCAUGCCCGUGCCCCCAGCAGAGGAUCAGGAGUCCAGCAUGUCCUGAGUGGGAGCAGCACCGAGGAUGGAGCAGAGCCUGCAGUCACCACCUCAAGGACCUCUGGGGACAAGAGUUUGCCACCACCUUCCCCAAGCCCUGUGAAUCCUGGAGCUGCCUCCUCUGCCUCCAACGCCCUUUCACCUCUUGGGAAUCACUUUCCUUUUUUUUAAAAAAAAAAUAGAAAAGAAAAAGAAGAACAAAAACCAAACAAACCCCCCCCUCAGAAAACGAAGCAAGAGCAGCACUUUACAGCCCAGGUUCUGGUGUGUUUAGGGAAUGGUCUGUGGAGAGCUUUGCACAGCGCAGAUACUCACUGUGUAUCCUUGGAGUAAGUCAAGAGCAUCCUCCAGCCCGUGAAUCUCCAGCCCAGAGAGAGAAUUUAUUUUGGUUUCGGUGAUAAAACCUUCCCUUCACUCGCUGCUGGCCAGCACGGAGCACCCCAGGCUCCUCCAGGACACCCCAAAAGCUGAGAACAACCACGCAGGCAAUGGCGAGAGCCUUCCCCUCCUUUCUCCAUCUUUCUUCCAGAAGAUUCCGAGUGCAGCACUGCCAGCUCCCACCGUUCCUCUGGAACUCAUUGCCAGCAGGAAAUCUCAUGGUUUUUCCUGGUUUUUCCUGUUUUUUUCUUGAUUUAUCCCAUCCAGGAGCAUGAGGCACUCUGCAGGGAUCCCACAGAACCUUCUCCUGAGGGCACACACCCCAAAAAAAUGGGAUUUGGAAGGAGUUUUCCAGGAUACACACCCCAAAAAAAAGGGGUUUGGAAGGAGUUUUCCAGGAUACACACCCCAAAAAAAAGGGGUUUGGAAGGAGUUUUCCAGGAUACACACCCCAAAAAAAAGGGGUUUGGAAGGAGUUUUCCAGGAUAAGGAAAUUCUCCAGGCCCUGUUUUGGUCUCCACUGGACAAUCACUCUCUGCUGACGCUGCUGAAGUGUUGGGAGGUUCCCUGAGGGAGGGAAAUGCUCCUCCAGCACAUUAAAUUCCACACAAAAUUCCAAAUUCCAGCCUGGGAUGGCCCCACGGAGGGUGCAGGAGCCCAGGGGUGCAGGUGGGACUUGGACUCUUGGGAUUCGGGAUUGGGACUCGUGAGGGUUCUGUGAGCAAAGGAAGGGGGGAAGGAAAUGGAGAAACAUUUAAAAUUAUUGGAAAUUCCUGAUUUCAGAGGCAGAGGCAGCUUGCAGGGUCCUGGGAAUGUCCAAGGCCAGGCUGGGACAGUGGGAGCUGUCCCUGGAUGGGAUUUCAGGUCCCUCCAAAUCAUUUCAGGUUUUCCUGAUCCCACCAUCAGCUAAAACCCCUCUCAAACACCUGCAGAUGAAGAAUUCCCUCAUUUCUUCACCGCCCCUUUCCUUCUCCAGAUGAAGAAUUCCCUCAUUUCUUCACCGCCCCCUUCCUUCUCCAGAUGAAGAAUUCCCUUCUCAUGGUUUCAAGGAGAAUUCUGGAUUUCUCCUGGAGGUGGGGAUGGCUCCCCUGGACACACAAAGCUCCUUUUCUCCUCCUUUCAGUGAACAAAACCACGCUGGGUGAGCCCCUUCCUCCCCUUGGGUGCCCCAAGGAAGCACCAAAAUGACUUUUUUGACCUUAAUUCUCAUUUGAGACGUUCUCCUCCAGGGAUGGAGAGCAGAGCUCUGCGCCCACUGCGCCAGCCCAGAGGCUGAAGAUGGAAAAGAAAAAUAAAAUUCCACAUUCCAUCAGAA